UUACGCUAAGAGAGGACCCCAUGUCGCACGUAAAAACCUCCCUGAUAUCAACAAGACCAGGAUGACGACUGUCACGCUCACUUUAGUGUUUACAAUGUUUAUCCCCUUUAUGUCAACCUCAGUCCUGGGAACCACGGAGGAAAAGAUGACAACAAAUGCCGUAGAUGAAACAGAUGUGUUGGACACACUGAUAACUACGACACAAGAAAAUAUAGAAUAUCGGAGAACUGAUGAUGGGAGUGCAAGGGAGGGUAGGAACAAUGACGUCACCACUGAGGUAAACACAGCAACACCUGCACCAGAGACCACCAGUGACUCCCCAGAGACCACCACUGAAUCGCCUUUCGCAACUUUAGGCAUGAAGAAACAUUAUGAAAAGUGGAUGGAAAGAAUAAUGCAGAGUGACUACGCGAAAAACAAUGGCAGUCACGUUCCUGUGAAAGAUGAUGAUGAUGGUGGUGGUAGUGUCAACAAGCAAGCAAGAGUCCUGACACAAUUAAUAUACCCUGAAGGGAGGAAGAUGGUCCCCAAGCCGCUCAACAUCAACCAUGACUGCUUCUGCGGUCACUACAACUCCCGGACCCCCAAGAUCGUGGGGGGCAGUGAGACCCACGAGCACCACUACCCCUGGAUGGUGUCAUUGCAGCUGUCCAAGAAUAAGAAACACUUCUGCGGGGCGAGCAUCAUCAGCGACACAUUCUUCCUGACGGCUGCUCACUGUACUGAUGGACUGUUCCCUUGGGACCUGGAACUGAGAGUAGGCGACCACGACCUUACCGCCAGCGACGUCUCCAGGGAGAAGUCCAUCCCAGUCAACUUCAUCCACCAGCACCCUGGGUACAACGACAAGACCACAGACAGCGAUAUAUCUCUCCUGAGCAUAGCCAAGCCUCUCAUAAUGACAUGGCGGGUUAGACCCAUCUGCCUAACCCCGCCUGGCCUGACCUUCUACAAAGAGAGGGUAAGCGUGAUGGGAUGGGGCAAGGAAGACGAGGAUGCUAAAGCGGGCUCCCCACGCCUCCGUCACACACAGCUGACUAUCCUUCCCAUGGGUCAGUGCCGCCGUAACUACAAGUUUUAG